GACACAAUUUGCAAAAUGCAGCUCGUCAUCCUACUCUGUGCCGUGUCUCUGCUGCAUUCAUGUGAAACAAAAGUUCCCCAGAUUGUACCGAGGAGAAAGACUGACUAUCAGACAGGAAGUGGCUGUAACCACAUGAGGUUGGAACACCAUGGGAGAGAGCCCAGAGCUGAGACUCCUGUGUUUGUGAAGAAGGGAGAGGACGUGUUUCUGAAUGUCACAAUAGCUAAUGUUACCGAUGAAGAUUUUUUUACCUGGAAAUUCAAUAAAACUGUUAAUUUAGUACGAUUUUUUGCUGGUGCAAAACCAACAAUCUUUAGUGAUUACUCUGGAAGGAUUGAGGUGCUGGAGAAAUACUCUGUGAAACUGAAGAAUCUACAAGAGGCAGACAGUGGAGUUUAUACUGCAGUACUGUCUGGGAGUAAAGACAAACAAAUAACUGAAUACAAGAUCACAGUCCAAGAUCCAGUGUCUCCAGUUAUUCUGUCAGUGGACUCUGUGUCCAGCAGCUCAGUCUGGUGUAACCUGACAGUGAGCUGCAGAGCACAGGACUCUCACAUUAACAGCACCUUUAGAUGUGACACCCACACCUGCAGUCAGGAGGGAGGAGAGAGACAACAGGUCACACCCUCUGCUUCUGCUCUCCAUGUCUACCUGUCCAAUGGCUCCAUCAUCUGUAACCAUAGCAACCAGGUCAGCUGGACAAAGGACAUGAAAACAAUUAAAACUCUCUGCCAACAUGAUGGUCAUGAUCCACCCACCAAUGCCAUCUCUGUGGGUGCUGGUGUUGGCAUAGGCAUCCUUCUCUUCCUAUGUGUUGCAGCAUUAGUAGCAGCAGCAUUUUGUUAUCAUCAAAAGAAAGGACAAGAUACAAGAGAGAUCCGGGAGAAUACAGUAUAUGAAGUUCCUCAGGUCCUACCUACAGCUUUAACUCAGAGUUCAACAGUUGAAGGUCUUUCGCCGACCUCCACCUACUGCUUGGUAGGGCCUCACACUGCAUCUCUGGAUUCCAGGCCGACUCUGCCAGAGAGUCUGUAUGCUCAGGUGGAUAAGCCUGGCAGAAUCUUGAACAAGUAAUCAGCAGGGUAUUACACAUAUACUGCGCUGGCUGCAAUUUACAGUUUAGCUCUCGAUGUUAACAGUAAUGUAAGUUAUAUGUGAGCUGCUCUGGUAUGGAAAGACUUCUCCAGAGGUGGGUAGUAACGAGUUACAUUUACUCCGUUACAUUUAGUUGAGUAAGUUUUUGAAAAAAUUGUACUUUUUAGUUUUAAAGGAGUAGUUUUAAAUCACUAUACUUUUACUUUUACUUG